CCUCUCGGGUCAUAGCAACCCAACCCAAACCCUAGCAGCAACCCAAUCCCCCUCUCCCCGAGAACACACCCGCCGCCGCCUGUCUCUCCCCGAUCCAGACCUCUCCGUCGCCGCCCAAACCCAAUCCCCAACCCCGAGCCGCUCUCCUGAGUGCGUCGAGCCGCCGCAACCGCUGCUGCAUGCCGCUCUCCUGAGUGCGCCGACCCGCCGCCGCGCCCCUGCUUUGUCCAUCUGCAUCGCCCGCAUCACCCAAGCCCUCCUCCAAAUCUCUCGUCCUCCCUCUCAAUCUCCUCCUCCCUCUCAAUCUCGGCAUCCCACCCAUGGCGCUCCGCGCGCUGGACAACGCGUUGCCGGCCGCCGUGGCGGACCAGCGCCCCAAGAAGGCCGCCAAGCUGCUCUCCACGGCGCCUACCGUCGCCGUCGCCCGCUCCCCCACCGGGAGUGGAGCCGACCGUGGAGUACGUCCGGUCCGUGGACCUGCUGCCCGUCCUCGGCCCCAAAGCCCGGCCGCCGGCCUCGUCGCCGGGCUCGACUCCAGGGACUGGGUCAUGGUCUGCGAGGCCCUCAACGACGCGCGCCGCCUCGCCAUCCACCACCCCGCCCUCCUCGCCCCCAUCCUGGAGAAGGUGGUGCUGGGGAUCUUGAAGACGGUGAAGAACCCGCGCAGCGCCGUUCUCAAGACCUUCGUGAUGGCGUGCACGGACGUCAUCGCGGCCUUCGGCAACCUCUGGUUGAGCAGCAGCUGUAGCAGCAGCUUGUCCAAGCCGAUGCGUGCCAUGGCCACCUCCAUGCCGCCCUGCCGAUGCACAGCCAGCGCCAUGAAGACUGCAACGCCACUAGCGCAAGACCUGCAGCUGGCCUAGUCUUGUUUUUACUCUUGGUUUUGCCUCACGGGAUGCACGCUUAAUUUGCUUGGGCAGCGAUUAGUUCAGUUGAUGACUUGUACCUGCUAAUCACCAAUGUAGAUUCAGAACACAUCAUACAAUCAUAGUAAGUAAAGUAAGCAGCUCAUAUCUUAAGAUACACAUACACAUAUCUCUUGUUUAUAUACAGACCAAUGUGUACACGUGACGCAGCUUUUAAUUGCUACACCUUGGCUUAACACAUCGACUGCUUACAUUACAUUACAUAGCUGAUCAGAUGAUUAAUGGCCUGAAUCAUUGGUUGAGUUUAGGUCAAAAGCAUCUGUAUGCCAAUAGUUUUGAUGUUGUUUUGUGCCAUAUACUUCAGGGAACAGUUAACUCAUUAAUUAAGAUGCCGACGUACUAUCAACCAGAUCUGUUCACACACAUACUUUAGUAACCAGCUCCAUUAAUCAUCUGAUCAGCUAUGUAAACUAAUCACUGAACCUGGAAAUUAUGCGCUUUGAUAGAACACGGAAACUAAUCAAAUGCAGAAGAGUAGUUUUAGUUUGAAGAAGUUUACUUUUGUCAAAUUGUUAGUUUAAUUUUUCUCAGGUACUAUUGAGUUCAGUUUGAAAUGUCGCAACUUCAGAAUUCUGGGAACUUUCCAUAAAGUUUGCAUCAGUUUAGUGGGUUCACCUAUAUUAUGUUGUUGGAAGCUAGUUCAUGAUGAAUUGAUUUAACUCUCUACUGGAAUAUUAGUGUUUUUUUUUUGCAUGAGGAAUAUAGUGUAUUAGAUGAUGUAAAUUUGUUUAGGUUCAGACCUAUGCUUCCUCCAUUGUUUUGUAGAGUUGGCCAAUUUUAGAUGCUGCAUAAUAACCUUUAAGGCUAUGGCCAAUUUUAGAUGCUGCAUAAUAAUCUUUGUACUGCAUAAUAAAAAAUUGCAGUACCAAAGAUGAAUGGUCGAUUAGUUUUAGCUUCAAGCCAUUUUAGUAUAUUCUUUGUACAUGUGGCCUGUGGCUAUAACUAGUUUGCUGUAGUUCAUCCGUGAUGUCCAGUAGCUAUGAGAUCCAUGGGAUGCCGAUCAUUCGAGCCACGUAACUUAUUCAGCUUUCACUCUACAAUCUUGCUAAUUUAAAGUCAGUGGGGGGCUUUCCCCCACUGUCCAUAGUUCCUUAAAAAACUUAUUCAGCUUUGGUCAUCCUCAUUUGCUAUGCUAGGUAUAAUGUGAACUCUCUUCUGAAUUUGAUUUGUUCCAGUUUGACUUUCCUAAGUUUCUUUUCUUGUUAGCAGAGCUUACACUAUCUUUCUAUACGUGCCGCCAGAUUCGAGGGUGGAGCCCGAGCCUCCACUGGAGCAUGGAUCAGCCGUGCAGGAGGUGGAGCUCCGCAUGGAUCACGACUUGGUCGUCGUGGGGGCCUGGACCAUCAAGCUCGCGGGCGAGAUGGACGGCCUCGGCAACGGAGGCGCGCGUGAGAUCCUGGGGUUGACCAAUCCACGGGGCGCCAGAUCUUCCCUCGGGGUCGCCUGAUCUGGGUACAACUACAGUUGCAGAAUCAUCCAGCCAAAUUUUGGGAGGAUGGCAUAAAAGAUUACAUAACCCAUGCUUUUGAAAUCAUGGUAUUCUAUUUAUGCUCCAUCCCGAAAUCUAUUGUGCGCUGCUAAGUCCAUGAGGCGAAGCGCUCACUGCUUGACCAUUUCUUUACUGAACUGGGAGUGACCAUUUCUUUACUGAACUGGGAGCAACAGAGGCAAGAUAUUCGAAACAAGUUGAAGUCCUUUCGAUUCUUGAUUUCUAGCAUACACAUGCAACCUGAUUGGUGAUGUUACUGUAGAUAUGAUAAGCUCAAGUGUGAAGUGUGAAACAAGUGUGAAGCCGUGAAGUCCUACCACUACUAGGAAAACGGUUUUUAACGACGACAUAUGUGGCCGUUAAAGGUCGGAUUGUGGUCGUUAAAGGUCAUUAACAACCACAACCUGCUGGUCGUAGUAGGCUCCGUCGUUAAAAGUAUAACGACCACAUACCUUCUGAAAAAAUGUCUUUUUGCUUUGUAUCCGUAAAAAAGACAAAUUUCAGUGUUUCUAAAUAGUGUUUUACGACACAAUUUUUUGUCUUGUUUGCACAGGCCACAAAAAGAGUUAUUUUACUGUGAAACUUUAUGGACACACAUAGAAUAUGAAGACGUACCGGUGCAACCUUUUUCAGACUUUUUAACAUUCAGAAAUGUGUUUUUUGAAGUGGGUUCAUAUGUACCCGGUUCAUCCAUGCACUUUCCAUCUCGGAGGGCUCCAAACAGUUUAGAUCUUUUAGUAUCAAUGUGUGAAACUAGACAGUACUCUCGGAGUACUAACUGGUCUGUCAAUCAUCAUAUUGGCUAGCUUUUUCUCAGUGGUGCUCUCACUUCUUUUCCUGCAGAUCUGUGGUUGCACGCGUGCUCUGUCUCAGAAAGGAGGAUGUGAAGACUCUGCAAGUAGAGCUGCAUAGAACAACAGAGCAAUGCCAUGCAGGGUGGUCAAAAUGUCAAGCCAAGUUUGGCAUUAGCACUGCACAGCAUAUGUUGUGCUAUCUAUAGAAGAAUUGGUGCAGAAAAAAGAUUAGGCCUUAGUGCCAUGAUGGGGCCGUGUGCUAAAUUAUUGCAGAGAAGCUUGAUUAAUGAUGAGGUUGAUGCUAUGCCUACCUAGAUCACAUAUAUUUAUAAAUUGUUAUUUGCCUUGUUCAUGAUAGCAGAGCUGCUGGCUUGUAGGGUGAUAGCAAAUCAAAUCUGGAUAGAUCUUUGGUGGUGCUGAAUUAGUACAUAUGACAAAAUUUGUCUAGUCUGGAUGUCUGAAUCUGCCUACAAAAUUAUGGCAAAAUCUGUCUAAUCUGCGUGUCUGAAUCUCGCCAGGUCGGCCAUGUACUUGGUUACUUUACCUUAUGCCUAAUGAAAUAGUAGAUCAGUAUUCUAAUAA